GUUCGGUCACUGACUGUUUCUCUCUCUCAACCUGUUUCACUCUCAGUCUGUCUCUCUGUCAGGAUGGAUGACUGUCAUCAUGGUUUAUUAAUUAUUAUGUUUUUGCUGCAGACGGAUUUUUUACACUCAAUUUACAUAAGUGACAACACAGAUUCUCUUCAUCAGGUUUUGUCAGAGUUUGGUGUCAUUCGUCCAAUCAGGACCGACUCAGGGGGACACUUCCUGUCAGUUUCAGUCUCCGCCCACCACCUGCAUCACACUAGAAGACAUGCCCACAACCCAGAGGACACGCCCAGUGACGUGGAAAAUGUCAGACAUAAAAGACAGGCACAAACAGACACACCCAUAUUACAGUUGUCCCUGCCCAUGGAUGAAUCACCAUCCAACCAGACAAGUCAUAGGUUGUGGGGGAGGGAUCACAUGCCUGAGGAGGAGCUUUACUACAAUGUAACAGUGUUCGGGCGGGAGCUCCACCUGCGGCUGCGCCCGAACUCUCGUCUCAUCGCCCCCGCCGCCACCAUGGAGUGGGAGGAGUCAGGACAACUUCACUCUCAGCCAAUAGGCGACACUGGCUGCUUCUACACAGGCGAGGUGACCAACAUGGACGACACAGCUGUCGCCAUCAGCAACUGUGAUGGACUG